GUAGUUUUAAAAAUUGAUUUAUUUUUAUUUUUAUAGUGGGUCUUAUUAAAAUUAGAAAUCUUUUUCCGGUAUGGGCUGUGGUUUGUAUUGUUGGAACGAUACUUUGUUUCGCAGCGUUAAUAUUAACUGAAUAUCAUACGAAACCAAGAUAUCAUUCGGGUUUUGCAUUUCUUGGUUUUACUGUAUCUGUCGUUUGGAUUUAUUCAGUUGCAAAUGAAAUUGUUAAUUUAUUAAGUACAUUUGGUAUUGUCUUUAAUAUAAGUAAUACAAUUCUUGGUUUAACAUUUCUCGCAUGGGGCAAUAGUUUAAGUGAUUACGUUUCAAAUGUUGUUUCUGCUCGACAGGGUUAUCCCAAUAUGGGUAUAUCAGCUUGUUAUGGUGGUCCACUUCUAAGUACGUAUUAG